AAGACACCUGUCUCAGUACAUAUUUUCACUCUGCUUGAUCAAAAAAAGUGGUUGUGCACUUAUUUGCAAAUUAAGAGGUUAACAAGGUUUUGUCAAUGCUAAUUGCUAGUUGUAGUAUUUAUUAAUUUGGGUGUUUAUAUUCUGGCUUUGUCAUUAGGGGAUGUAUCAUCAGUUUACUGAUAAUUUGUGAUUUUGUGAUAUAAUAUCCUGAUAAUAUCUUAUUUGUUAAUAUUGCAAACGCAUAUAUUUGAGAUUUUCCACCACUGAUGCAAUGUCUUUCAAUGCCACGCAAUAGUGGAACCAUUUCUCAGUUGCUGUGUUUCUGAGGGACAGUUUUUAAGGUGGACUAGCUUCCACACGCUUCUGCUACUUUACUUCAUAUCACUGCAACAUGCCGACGGAUACCAAGCGCGUUCGCGGCCCAGAAGUGUCCCAAAGCCCAUCUCUGUUUCUGUGCCAACCGGCGGACGUUCUCCCCUCGCACGGCCCCAGAGCGGACGGUCGGCAGCGGGACCAAGUGGACGUCCGGCCUGUUUUUGUCCGGUGUGGCCUCGUGAGCCAGGCCAAAGGCUCCGCAUACAUAGAGGCUGGAAACACCAAAUUGAUGUGCUGCGUUUAUGGCCCCAGAGAAACAGAGCGAAAAGAUGAAACCGAUAUGAAAUGCGGAAGGUUGACGACUGACAUGCGUUUUGCUCCAUUUUCCUGUCCAGAGAGGGGCUCCUGGAUUCAGGGGAGCCAGGACAAAGAUCUCUCCCUGAUGCUGCAUGAGAGUCUGCAGCCAGCUGUGUGCCUCCACAAAUAUCCCCGCUCUCAGAUCGAAGUCAACGUUAUGGUACUCGAGAACAGCGGUUCAGUUCUGGCCCAUGCCAUCACGUGUGCUUCUCUUGCUCUUGCAGAUGCAGGCAUUGAAAUGUAUGAUCUGGUGCUAGGUUGUUCCAUCUGCCAAGAUGGUACCUCUUUUGUGGUCGACCCUUCUUACAUGGAGGAAAACAGCUGCAGUUCAGUCGGUAGUGAGAACCAGGGUGGGCUGACUGUUGCGUUCCUCCCCAGCCUGAACCAAAUUUCUGGACUGCAGUCAGAUGGAGAAAUGACUGAAGACACUCUGACAGCUGGGAUUCGGACCUGCAUUGAGGGAUGCUAUAAACUUUACCCGGUUGUCCAACAAGCCCUGGCAAAGGCUGUGCGCAAGGCUGCUCCCCCACCUUCAGAGACCUGAGACACACAUUAACCAAGAACUGUUCAGUUCAUCGUUCUUCUUAUUCACAAUAUAAAGUUCUUACUUUAACAGCAAAACCUAUUUUUCUAAGUUUGCUAUUUGUGUUUAAAUAAUUUAACAGUAACAAAUACUUCAAAUAUUUCUGACAUGGGAAUGGGAAAUACAGAUUGGAUGAAUCAGUCUGCUUGUCGAGCAUCAUUCCUGGUUGUAUUGUCAUGAUGCAUCCUACUAAAUAUAAAAUAACUAAAUAAAUGCACUCUUUUGCAAUGGGCAGACCUCAUACAAACAUCACAGAUGGAUUUUCUGCUGUCAUUAGCUUUGCUGGAGUUUAAGACAGCUUUAACCCUCAUUGCCUACUGCAAAAUUACAUAGCAUCUGAAACUGUCUCGGUAUAUCUUGAAACUGCAGUAUAAAGUGCACCUAUGCCUCUGUACCCAUGUGCUGAGUCCUGUGGAAGAAACCCCAAUGCCGCUAGAGGUCAACUGAUGUAAGGCUUUAGUUAAACUUCUUAUAAAGUGGUUUAAGGGAAGGCCUUUACUACUCCGUCUCUGGUGUCAGAAAAGAUGCCUUGAGAAAAAAAAAAUAUCCUGGUGCUCCGCAUGCCCUCUUACCACUGUCUUUGGUUAGCACAUGGUCAUAUAAGUCAUGUAAUCACCAAAAUGGUGAGAGAGAAGCCUGGAAGUGUUAAGUUUAAUUUUAUGCUUAUGUGCCCAUUAGAAUUUGACAUACUUUUUGUCCUCAGGGUGGCAGUAGAGCAAGCACUGCUGUAUGUUUCAAACCAAGCUCUGUGGAUCAUGAACAUGCACAACAGAUUUUGUUAUACUGUAUUUUGUGCUGGCUGACAAUUGGUCCUGGAAAAUGAUGUUGCAGGCUAUAGUAAUAUGUUAAGUAAAAAACAAUUUAUUUCAUUAGCUUUAAGAUCAUGACACUCAAAGACAUGGAAGAAAACAACUCAUGUUAAAAAUAAACUUAUAUAUGUCCAAA